AUGGCUGCCAUCCCUCGUCUAAAGUUCGCCCUUUUCGGCUUGGGCCGAUUGGGUGUUAUUCGAGCCCGGAUCCUAGCCUACGAGCAACCUCUAGUCGAGCUGGUCGCUGUUUGCGACACCAAGUCUGGCACCGAUGCUUGGGCUACGCAAAACCUGCCGUCGACCGUUAAGCACUUCACAGAUCCAGAAGAGUGCCUGAAGCACAGCGGAGCACAGGCUAUCUUGAUUUGCACAGCGACAGCUACACAUGCUCCUUUAGUUGUUCAAGCUCUCGACCUGGGACUACAUGUCAUGUGCGAGAAGCCCAUUUCUGUAGACGUCGUCACCACCGCUACCGUGAUCGAAAAGGCCCAGUCCCGACCAGAUCUCAAGUUCCUUGUCCCAUUUACUCGCCGAUAUGAUAGGUCUUAUCGUGAGGCUAAGGCGCUCAUUGACGGCGGCGAGCUCGGUGAGAUUCACGCGGUUGAGACCUGGAUGAGCGAUGUACAAGAUCCAGCGGGUCAUUUCGUUGCAUUCGCUGCGCAUUCUGGCGGCAUUUUUCUUGACAUGGGCAUUCAUCAUAUCGACACUGGACGGUAUCUUUUGGACGUAAAGUCCGGCCUCGCAAACCCGAAGAAGCAAGUCAAGCGGGUAACAGCUAUCGGCCAACGAGCGGUCUACACUGAUCUUGCCGCGUUUGGAGACGCCGAUAAUGCCUGGGGCUUCGUUGAGUUCACCAACGGCAAGGUCUGGACGACACACCUCGCUAGGACGACGACAGACGGGUUCGAGGACUCAACGCGCGUGUGCGGUACCAAAGGACACGGUAUCGUCAGCACUGCUAGUAACGUCGAGAUCCGAGACAAGCAUGGCGUUCGCAAGCAGACCGUGCCUGACGCCUUCCAGCUCUUUCCUGAGACGUUUCUGACAGAUAUCACUGAGUUCGCUAAUGCGGUUCUUUUUAAUAAGCCUUUGACUUGCCUUGCGGAAGAUGCUUUCGAGGCAGGUAAGAUUUGCACUGCUCUUCAGCAUUCUUAUCGCACUGGGCAGUCGGUAUAUUUCAACGAUGAAGGAUUCCCGAUCCUCGAUAAUGGUAUACUUACUCCUUAG